AUGCAAAACGAAGACACGUUGGACGAACCAAUAACGUUAAAGUUCUGCUACGGAAUUAACGAGUCGCUUAGCAGUGUGCACGUGAUAAGUAAGCGGGAACAGGCAGGAGACACCACGGGGAAAUAUGGAGAUCCCCUGAUUGUCUACAGCUCGGAUAACAAUAUCGUCAUAGUGGAUGAAAAGAAGCAGCUACUCUUUAGAGGACAUGUUAACAAAAUUUCAAAAUUGAUCAAAAGUUGUAACAAUGAAUUUAUCGUUUCUUGUGACAAGGGGAGGAAUUCUUUCAUCAUUUUGUGGAGACUAAAUCAGAACUGCUUAGUUCCGGUUAAGAAGUUUUUCUUUCACAGUUCGCAUCAGGCCUCAGGGAAGAGUGAGCCGAAAAAGAGCAACGAUGGGGAGGCAUUCCACAGGAACAACACUCCAGGCGCGGUGAACAGUCCACGGGCAGUGAAGAGCCCAAGCGCAGGAAACCAGGAGAGAGUGACUGGUGGGCACGGAAACCCUAGCGAAGCAGAGAACGUAGGAUACGAGUGCGUGGACAUAAGUUUUGACAACAGGUACAUAUGCGCACUGACGGAGAAGCAGCUCUACGCUAAGGGUAGCGAAAGGAGCACACAGGGAGAGGCAAUCCAGCAUAAUGACAACGUGAGAAGCAGCACGAAUGCCGUUUUUUACCAAGAAAUCGUCAUUUUCGACACCAACGGAGGGGAGGACAACAUCGUGUGCAGAGACAAAAUAUAUGGGAACGAGACACAAGAGAAAAUUCGAUUCAAUAAAAAGUACGAAAUCAUCUCCAACAACAAAUCCAAGUUAUACAUUUACAAUUUUGUCAAGAAGCAUAGAACGAUUACACAUUACAGUCCUUCCUUAUACAAGAGUAACAUAAUAAAUGAGCGUUUUAUAUUCACCGAGACGUCAUUUGUUGAUAACUCCACAAUGCUGUUGACAGGAACGACAAAUGGCUACCUGAUUAUCUGGGACUACAGUUCCAUUUUCUUGAGCAAAACAAAACAGGGUGUUAAACAGAGGGAAUAUCAAAAGUACCUAGAAAUACGAAAAGACAUUCCAAUAACCAUUGUACAGAGUUAUGGAAAUUAUGUCAUUUUAGGACUCAGUGAUGGAAGCGUUCAGGUGUUUGAUACAGACCUCAAAUGUUACGCAUGGUUUGAGAAUAUCGAUGUGGGGCAAAUUAAAUCCAUAUCUUUUGAGCUGUCUAAUUUUGAGCAGGACUUCUUUGCAUGGAACUCUUUCAUAUUAUUCACUGAAAAAAACGUUAUUAAACAAAUAUACCCCUCCAGUUUUAACGACGAGGGGAGUGCUAUCGAGUGGAACGACAUCCACGGUGGUCAGUUGCGAACUGGGAGUAACAAAACCCGGGGGGAGGUUACGAAAGGGGAACUGCAACAGGCAGUCGCCAUGCCAAAUGGUGCUGACAACUCACUGGAGCGGAAACCUCAAACAGAGAAUAAAACUCUGCUUCACUUCGACAGCUCCUGCAUCAGCUGCAUAUGCAGCAACCCAACUAGCGAUGAAAACGUCAUAUACAUCGGGAAUGAAAACGGGCUAAUCGAAAUCUUCGACUUUGACAAAAACGUAAAAGUGCACAAAAUUUGUUUGACAUCGAAAGAAAUCGUAUCUAUGGUUUUCAGCAACAGUGGAAAUAUACUCUGCGUGGGAUGCAAGUGUGGAUUCAUUCAGCUGAUCAGAUCGGACAAACUGGAAACAUUUUUCUCGAGCAAAGACAUGAAAUACGAGGUGACGUACCUAUACUUCAGUGAAGAUGACAAGAUCCUCAUUUCGUCUUCUCGAAAUGGUAAUAUGAUCAUUUAUAAAAAUGAGAAUUGUGCUAAUCCCUUCGACUGGAAAUUUGCCUACAGAAUUGUUAACAAUAAUAAUAUCACAUUCACCGAUUUGAACAUAGUGAAACAAAUUCACAAACAAAAUUAUUACAUCAUUGUUGGCAUAACGAACAACAAGUACAUCAUCUUCUAUCAUUACAACUUCCUCCAAAAUGAUGUCACCAUUUCGUACUUGCCCAUAGAACAGAUCUACGCCCCAACGUGCGUGUCGCAAAAUCUGUACUUUUACGGUAGACAAAUAUUAUGCAUCUGCAAUGAAGCCUCCAAAAUCCGUUUCUUCGACUUGGAGACCAAAAAAAUCGUAAAAACGGUUCACCUCCCGUUUCGGGAGAAGAACGUGAAAAAGUUUCUGCCCCUCACGGAUUAUGGGGAAACCGCUACUGCCACCCUUGCCGGAAAGAACAAAUCAACCGAAACAGCUAAACACAACAUGGAAAAAAACAACAUCUUCCUUUUUGUUCUCAACGAAAAAAUGAUCGUAUUCACCCAAACCCCAAUAGAUGCAAACUGCUUUAGGUACAUCGGGGGAAUCGUUUGCAGUGGGGCCAUACAAAAUGUCAUUUCGAAGAAUCAAAACAUGUUCAUACUCAGUAACAACAAAAUCUUUUACUAUCGUAUUAACACUAACGUGUUAGAGAAAAACAUAGAGGUCCAAAGUAACACUCUGCAAAAUUUUAUCGAACAAAUUGGGGGCAAGACCAGCAGCAUGUACAAAGAAAUUAUGGACUCCUUUUACUACUGUGAAAUUCAAAAGAAAAAAUUUCAACAAAAAAAAGAAAAACAUGAUAUCAAGAAACUGCUGAACAUCUUGUCUAUUGAGUACAUCUUUGCCUCUAUCAAUGUGUUCCUAUCCAAAUUUGAAAUACAGAACAUAAUACAGGAGUAUCACUUUUACUAUAAGUACGUGCUUCCACUGCUGAUCCAGGGCGGGGAUCCCGUCGCCGAAUCCCUUUCCAUGGCGAACGGUGUCACUCUGGUGAAUUAUAAGUCGGAGGACGACGUCCUCCUGCAAAACGUCUUUUUUGUGUGGCCUCCGGGGUCCACGGAUACCCAAGCACAUUCCGACAAGCAGCUUCUCACCGAAAGUCGCGCAUACAUCAAUUCCAGUGAACAAAAAAGACAGGACAAAAACGAGGGCGACAAGAAAGAUGAAGAUAACCAAAGCGAAGCAAAUCCAAGUGGUACAGACAAAACCCUCGAGGGGGACAUCACAAAGGACUGCGAAGAUAUAUACUUCAACAUCAAUGCAUUUAUUUACACCUACUUCAAUUUCGCUACGGAGGACGAAACAGAAUUGGACCAAGUAAUACAAGACGUAGGAAAUUAUUACAAAGAUAAAAAUAAAAGGAAAAGAAUUUCUUGGAGUGAUUUUUUCCAGAUGCUAGAAAAUCACGGAGAAACCAUGGAUCAAAAUGAGUUCCGAAGAAUUUUUCAAAUCUUUACAAAAAGUGAGGAUUUCCUCGACGGUGCCGAAAUAUUCGACUUGAAUUUGUUGAAGGACUUACUCAAGUAG